AUGAGCGCUGACACGUCGCACAAGGGCCGGCAGAUGAGCCUGUUCAUCGGGGCCGGGGUCAGCGCAUGCCCAUCGCCAGCCUUUCGUGCGGAGGAGGACGCAGCUGGCCACGUUGUGGCCGCAGAGGUGGGAGUUCGUUCCCGGGGUGCGGUGACCAAUCUCACGCACUGGCACGAGACCUGGAUUCGUUACGAUGCUGCGCAGGUUCGGACGCGAGAGGCGACAGGGGAGCGCCUCGGGGAGUGCCGCCAUUUCUCUUACCUGCCGACAUCUUGCACCUUUUCAGGGCCUGCUGUCAUGGAUGGAGGCACGGAGAGUGACGAAGUAAAAGAUGUUAUUGGCUGCUACGUUGAAGACGCUGUAACAUUUUGGGCACAGAAUGUCAGUACAUGUAAUGACCUCUUGAAAUUAAGCUGUGCGCUGGCAGAAGCUUGUCCUGGGGCUAAUGCGGUUUUUGGCAAACCUGAUUUUAGUAAGAUUUAUGGUGGGUGUUUUUCUGAAGAUGGAUGUUGGUACAGAUGUAUGGUACAGCAAGUGAUCAACAAUGAAAAGUGUCAGGUAUUGUACAUUGACUAUGGAAAUUCUGAAGUUCUGAAUAGAUCAGACAUAGUUGAAAUUCCAACAAACUUGCAGUGUCCGGGUGUUGCCAAGAAGUACAGACUCUGGGGACUGCAGAUACCAACUGAUCAGAACUUAAACAUGUUUGACCAGGGGAAGAAGUUCUUGAGCAGCCUAGUUUUUGAAAAAGAAAUAAAAAUACAUCACAAAGCCAAGCACAAGGACGGUACCAUUAUGGCCCAGGCAGAAUAUGAAAAAAUAGAUAUUGGAGAAGAGGUGGCCAAGGCAGGGUUUGCUGAAAAAUACACAUCUCCAGGAACCACUAAAGAUGUGGAAGAGAGAAAAGUAGAUGCCAUGCAAAACCAGCAUUGGAAGACAAAGGUUUCAGUUCCGCUGUGGGUGAACAAGUCUGAUCGCAUGCUGUACAGCAUCCAAAGAGGGCGUUUUGACCAAGUAGCUGCCAGCGCAAGGAGUCGGAAUUUUACUGGAAACCACAUGUUUGUCCCAAAGGAAAAAGUGUUAGCUUCUGCCUCAGUGCCAGACACCAGCUUGGCACAAAUAGGACCCGAUCAGAAGCUGUCUGAAGACAAAGAAGUUCUCAGAAUGGAGAAUGUAAAUCUCUUGCAGAGGCAGAAGGAACUAGAACUGGAGGUUCAACAGCUGAAACAUGAACUUCAGGUGUGUGGAAACGCAGAGAAGGAGGCGUCCAGGAAAACUGCUGAAAGUUUUGAGGAAACCCUAGGUGCUUACAUUGGAACGAAAAUGAGAAGUUUGGCUGCUAAGCUGAAGGCAUUGAAAGAAGUUCGGCACGCGAAUAAGAGCAGUUGUUUUGAGGAGCAGCUCUCGCAAGCCAUAAAAGUGGCUACAGAAGGAUGCCUCACAGUUCCGUGUUCCUUGGAAAAAUUGCAGAAGACUUGGACAGAGUAUGACUUGGCUCAAGAGAGGAUUCGGUUAUGCAGAAAUGUGGAUGAAAGAGAUGAAUUGAUUACCAAGAGAGAUGAGGUGCAGCAGGACUUGUGUUCAUCAGUGGAAGAAUUAAUUUUGGAAGUGGAUCAACUGCCUCUCUCUGAGCGCUCAAGAACUUUACAGGAACUGUCUGCUUCUCUGGAGAUGGUGUGUGAUCAGGGUUCUGAAGCAGAUGACGCUGAGGAGGUAUUUCAACAGUUCUUUAAGUGGAAGAGUGUUAAAAUGGAGAAGUUAAUUUGUGUCAGAAAUGAUACAGACACAGCUCUGCAAAUUCUUGCUGAUUGGUUCAGUGUCGUCUUAAAGUGUUUUGACCUGACGUCAGAAGCAUCUUCAGUUUUAGAGGAAGUGGUUGGCAAUGCGGAUGAAAUUCUCAGGAAGUUUGAGUUGGCCAUUUGUGAAGAACUGGAUACUGACUUAAAUGAGCAUGAUGAAACAAAGAAGGGAAUAAUUACAAGUACUUACAAUAAAGUUAUACAUAAAGUUCGUCAGGAGCAGAGUAUGAUCGCUAUCAUACAGAACAGAUACUUGGCUGGUGUUGAGGUGACGUAUGAAAAUAGAAUGCUUGAACACUUAGUGACUUUUCCCCCCCCCCCCCCCCAUUUAUUAGCAAUUAAGAAAACUGUGAAAAAGUUAAAGGCCCAGUUAAGGUGGAAGCUGAUUGAAAAGAAGAACUUUGAGGAGUCUGAUGAUUACAGUGAGUUUGAAAUGACAAGAAUUAAAGACGAGAUCGCUGAUGUGCGAAAUAGGCUAGUUCAGGAAAUAUCCAAGGAACAAGAAGAAUAUGAGAAACUUACUUGCUUGGUACAGAAAUGGUUCCCUGAGUUACCACUUCUUUAUCCAGAAGCUGGAAUUCUAGACUAUGUGAACUCUAGUGGACUUCUGACAUGCAGCCUGGAGCGAGACCUUUUGGAUGUUGAGCCUAUGAAGGAACUGAGCACGAAGCGACCUUUAGUGUGUUCAGAAAUCCAAGGCCAGAAGGUUCUUUUAAAGGGGUACUCUGUAGAUGUAAGCUCAGAAGCCAAAGUGAUAGAAAGAGUUGCCAAGUAUCACAGAGCUUGGGAUCAGCAGAAGGAGAAAUCUGGAUUAUUACAACUGUUGUUCCUUCUUUUCUGCAAGUCUGAUCCUUUGGUAUAUUUGAUGGUCCCGUACUACCCAGGAGCAAAUCUGGGAGCUUUACAGGCUGAUAGACCUUUAACUUUAGAAGAGGCAUUAAAAGUGAUGAAAGGAGUGGCCCAAGGUCUACAAACAUUGCAUGGAGCUAAUAUAGUGCAUGGAUCUGUGAAUGGAAAUAAUGUUUUUGUUGUGGAUCGAAAACAAGGAAUCGUUGGAGACUUUGAUUUCACAAAGUCAGAGGAACAACGUGCUGCUGCAAACACUAUGGCUGUCAGUACCCUGAGCUUAGUUUCUCCUGAACUGAAAAUGGGACAGCCAGCUUCUCCAGCCUCUGACAUGUAUGCUUACGGCUGCCUUCUGUUCUGGGAUCAGAAAGUUAAAUCUCUUCUCCAGAAAUUGUUCUGCUGUAACAGACUGACAGCUGAGCAGGUGCUGAGGGAUGAUUGCUUCCUCCUAGUUGAUGCAAUUCCAGUUUCACCACAGUCAGGUGAAGAGCAUGAGUCAGGUGAAGAGCAUGAGUCAGGUGAAGAGCAUGAGUCAGGUGAAGAGCAUGAGUCAGGUGAAGAGCAUGAGUCAGGUGAAGACAUAUGA